AUGAAGGAAUGUGUCACAAAUGCAAAAAGAAUGAAUGUACCUAAGCACACGUUCGGGUCAGCUGGACACUACGAGAUCAGUAGAACAGCCAACGUGUGUAAGCGUGUGUUUGAGAAAAAACGAACGCAAUGUGAACAGCUGCUCGUCAAGAAGCCCUGCAGAAUGCGUAUCUGCGGUAAAGCGGAUGCACAUUCGUUAGGUAAAGCUGAAAAUCACCUCCACGGAUUGGAAAGCGCCAGGCUGCAGUGGGGACAGCAGGGAGUGCUGAAGUGGCCCAGGACCCAAAUGAUUCAGGGAUGUGAGGUAGUAAUAACCCAAAAGCUGGGGAUCCAAAUAAGUAAAGUUAAAUAA